GGAUACAGAGGGCUGGGCCCAGGCGCGUCUGGUUGCGCUCGGGUGGCUACGCUUUCGCAGGAACGCUGUGAAGGCUGUGGGUGCUGGACCUCCAGACAUGAGCGUGGGCUUCAUUGGGGCAGGGCAGCUGGCCUUUGCCCUAGCCAAGGGCUUCACAGCAGCAGGUGUUCUGGCUGCUCACAAGAUAACGGCCAGCUCCCCAGACAUGGACCAAGCCACGGUGUCUGCCCUCCGGAGGAUAGGGGUGAACCUGACACCCCACAACAGGGAGACCGUGAGCCACAGUGAUGUGCUCUUCCUGGCUGUGAAGCCACACAUCAUCCCCUUCAUCCUGGAUGAGAUCGGGGCUGACAUCGAGGACAGGCACACUGUGGUGUCCUGUGCGGCCGGCGUUACCAUCAGCUCCAUUGAAAAGAAGCUGACGGCGUUCCAGCCGGCUCCCAAAGUCAUCCGCUGUAUGACCAACACCCCGGUCGUGGUUCGGGAGGGCGUCACUGUGUAUGCCACGGGCACUCACGCCCGGGUGGAGGACGGCAGGCUGGUGGAGCAGCUCAUGGGCAGCGUGGGCUUCUGCACAGAGGUGGAGGAGGACCUGAUAGAUGCCGUCACGGGGCUCAGCGGCAGUGGCCCUGCCUACGCUUUCAUGGCCCUGGAUGCGCUGGCUGAUGGUGGAGUUAAAAUGGGACUUCCCAGGCGCCUGGCAGUCCGCCUUGGGGCCCAGGCCCUCCUGGGGGCAGCCAAGAUGCUGUUGGACUCAGAACAGCAUCCGGGCCAGCUCAAGGACAAUGUCUGCUCUCCCGGGGGAGCCACCAUCCAUGCCUUGCAUGUGCUGGAGAGUGGUGGCUUUCGCUCCCUGCUUAUCGACGCUGUGGAGGCCUCCUGCAGCCGCACCCGGAAGCUGCAGACCAUGGCUGAUCAGGAAACCGUCUCCCCUGCUGCCAUAAAAAAGACCGUACUGGACAAGGUGAAACUGGACCCGUCUGCUGGGGCCUCUCUGUCUGCCUCUGGCCAUGUGAGGCAGGCGCCCUGCAGCCUGGUCCCAGCAGGCAAGGAAUGAUUUGUCCGCCCACCUGCCUCCUGCUCUGGUUCUCUCUCUCUUUCUCUCACUAUCCUGCCCUGCUCUUUCUUUUUAAAAGCAGGGUUUUGCUAUGUAGUUCAGGUUAGCUUUGAACUCUCAGCCCCCCUCUCCAGUUUCCCAAAUUCUGGGAUUAUGGGAGUGUCAGCAUACUAGGUUUGAUGUUGCCAAGAUUCGGACUUAAGGGCUUAGAGCGUGCCCUUGUGUCAACCCCCACAUGCACACUGCCUGAUUGACUCAGUUCUUCAGUUUCUUCUCUCCUAGCUUGAAGCUUCUGCCCUGGUGUUCUCACACCACACAGACACAGAAUAUCCCCAGAGCAGGCCCUUGCCCACAGCCAGGACAGCCCAAGGGUCAGCCAGGAAAGGGAUCAUCACUGACAACCUGAGACCUCCAUUUAUACUCAGUGCCAGUUCAGGACAGGGCGGGUUUCAGACCUCCACCUCUUCAGCUUCCUCUGGAGCGUAGGCCUGCAGAGCCUUCACUCUCCCUAGUCCCAGGGUCAGCUGGUUUGGCCGUGGCCCCUUCCUGUGAUCCACUCACAGGGUCGCCUAUCCUUUCUGAGGGCCAGCUAGUCCUAGAUAUCUGGUACCUCCUUCCAGGGACUUAAUCCUCUCUCAGAGAGCCCACCAGGCGAUUGGGGGAAACAGCUCAGGUAGCUGAUGAAACUCCUGAAUACUCACUGACUACUGACUGUCACUUCUCUUCCUAUCCUUUCAGUUGAAUAAAUUUUUUUCAUAAAAGCUCUAGUUUUGUCACCUAUGGAGAGAGGCCUGCCUACACAGGGGAGGAGCCAGUGAUCCGGGGCUCACAAAGCCAGGCUCAAGGUCCCCCGAGAGCAGAGGGCUACGAUCUUCAGUGCCUAUGUCAUAACAAACCUGCCCGGGGAUUGGCACCUCAGGCAAGGCUGGCAUACUGGCUUGCUGAGCAGCCCCUAUUCCUCCCUAUAGCCUGAUCCAGGCUGCGCAAGGCCAAGUUCCUGCUGAAGAGGAAACUUUUGAGGGGAGUGCUGGGAUUUUCCAGAUGGACAGAAUCAAGGACUAUUACACAGAGAAAGCCUACCUCAAAAAAAAAAAAAAAAAACCAGGAGGAAAAAAAAGCAUGUACCACUACCACACAGCAUUAUUUUUUUUCUUCCUUCCUUUCUUUCUUUCUUUCUUUCUUUCUUUCUUUCUUUCUUUCUUUCUUUCUCUCUCUCUCUCUCUCUUUCUUUCUUUCUCUUUCUCUCUCUCUUUCUUUCCUUCUUCCUUCCUUCCUUUCUUCUUUCUUUCUUUUUUGGCUUUGGUUUUCAAGACAAGGUGUGUCCUGGCUGUUUGAACUCCCUCUGUAGACCAGGCUGGCCUUGAGGUCCGCCUGCCUCAGCUGGGAUUAAA